UCUCGCUUCUCUGUCCCCUUGACACUGCAGGGGUGAAUACUGAAUUCAGCAAGCGCUUUGCUCUCCCCCUCAUUCUGUUUUCACAGAGCUCUGCACAAUGCUCAGAUGAGAGAGGGAGAGACAGUGUGUAAGAGAAAGAGAGGGCAAGUUAAAGAGAGCCAAAGAGAGAGCGAGAGGGUGAGCGCAUUACAGAGAGUGAUUGAGGAGAAGACCAGAAUAAGAGCGUGUGUGCAAGACCGAAGAGUUUAUUGCAAUAGCGACUGGAGGUCUGGAUUGUGCCGCUUUAAUCCACGGGAGACUUUGUGGGACGUUUGGAAGGUGGUUAACUAAAAUUUCAAGCACCCCAGGAAUUCCAUGGAUGUUAGUUGAUCUGUGCCACCAAGGCUUUGGAUUCAUCGCUUCUUUGCCUCCACCAAAAGUGUCCAUCUUUGCAUCUAAAGGUUGUUCCAAUGCUCAUGGGGAAUUGCCUGCUGCUGUUCCUCUGGUGCCUCUUAGACAAAAGCUUUGUUUCUCCCCUCCACUCUUCAUCCCAGAGCAGGAUGGGGAAGGAGCAGCACAGGAACAUGAUGGCACAUAGGAAACAUGGAAUGAUGGGAGUUCACAGAGUCAAGAGAGGAUGGGUGUGGAACCAGUUCUUUGUUCUAGAGGAAUACAUGGGAUCUGAUCCGCAGUAUGUCGGAAAGCUUCACUCUGACCUGGAUAAGGGAGAUAGUAUGGUGAAGUACACUCUCUCAGGUGAAGGAGUUGGCUCUAUUUUCACCAUCGAGCCGAGCACUGGAGACAUCCAUGCCUUAAGGAGCCUGGACAGAGAAGAGAAGCCUUAUUACACACUGAGAGCGCAGGCUGUGGACGUGUUCACGGGCAGACCCUUAGAGCCAGAGUCAGAGUUUAUUAUCAAAGUCCAGGACAUCAAUGACAAUGAGCCAAAGUUCCUGGAGGGCCCAUACUCAGCCAGCAUCCCAGAGAUGUCACCCAUCGGCACAUGUGUGACGCAAAUAACCGCCACUGACGCUGAUGACCCCACUUAUGGAAACAGCGCGCGGAUUGUGUACAGCAUCCUUCAUGGGCAGCCCUACUUUUCUGUUGACCCCAAGACAGGGGUCAUAAGAGUUGCCUUACCUAAUAUGGAUAGGGAGGUUAAAGAAAUGUACCAGGUGGCCAUACAGGCUAAGGACAUGGGCGGUCAGCUUGGGGGCUUAGCUGGAACCACUACCAUCAAUAUCACUCUCCGUGAUGUCAAUGACAACCCACCGCGGUUUUCUAAAAGUAUCUUUCACUUGCGUGUUCUUGAAUCUUCACCUGUGGGCUCAUCGGUGGGAAGGGUUAAAGCUCAUGAUCUUGACUCUGGGAAGAAUGCUGAAGUGGAAUAUAGCAUUGUUGCUGGUGAUGGGAGCUCCAUGUUUGACAUUUACAGCAAUAAGAACACACAAGAAGGAACAGUCAUUCUGAAAAAGCGUUUGGACUAUGAAACCAGAAAGGCCUACACCUUUAAAGUAGAGGCUUCAAACGCAGUUCUUGAUCAUCGGUUCCUACAUUUGGGACCUUUUAAGGACACUGCCACAGUUAAAGUGAAUGUUCUAGAUGUGGAGGAACCUCCUGUCUUCAGCCGGCUGUCUUAUAGAAUGGAGACAUACGAAGACACACCAGUGGGCAUCAUCGUCGGAGCCAUCACAGCUGAGGACCUAGAUGUAGGCAACAGUCCUGUAAGAUAUUCUAUUGAGUGGAGAAAGGACUCUGAAAACCACUUUGACAUUGACCCUGUUGAAGGAACUCUGUCUGUCAGUGAAGCCCUGGACAGAGAGAGAAUCGCUGAACACAACGUCACUGUUGUAGCAACAAAAGUUAACAACCCCCUGCUGUCCAGCAAAGUUACUGUCACAGUCAAGGUGCUGGAUGUCAAUGAGUUUCCCCCAGAACUUCCAUUUAUAUAUGAGACGUUUGUUUGUGAAAAUGCAAAAGUAGGGCAGGUGAUUCAGAUCAUCAGUGCCACAGACAAAGACAUGCCAGCUGUAGAGCACCGAUUCUACUUCAAAUCCCCAUCACAGACCAGGAACAGAAACUUCACAAUCAGGGACUAUGGAAACAACACAGCUGGAGUGGCGACCAGGCGAGGGGGGUUUCGGAGGCUAGAGCAGAGCAUGUACCUGGUACCGGUCGUCGUGGAGGAUAGCGGGUACCCGAUACAAAGCAGCACUGGGACGGUGUCUGUGCGGGUGUGUACCUGCGACACAGACGGCUCCCUCCUUUCCUGCAAUGCGGAAGCCGUGUUCUUUCCCAUGGGACUCAGCACUGGAGCUCUGAUGGCCAUACUGCUGUGCAUUGUCAUUCUGCUGGUGAUGGUGGUGCUCUAUAUGGGCCUGAGAAAACACAAGAAGGAGGACACUCUGAUGUCGUCCAAAGAGGACGUUCGGGACAAUGUGAUCCACUACGACGAUGAGGGGGGCGGGGAAGAGGACACCCAGGCCUUCGACAUAGGUACGUUACGCAAUCCCAAAGGCAUCAAAGAGACGGCUCAGCUGCAAAAAAUAAGAUCAGAGGACGAGCCUGAUCUGGCUAGUGCGUGCGUGUCCAAAGAGGACAGCGAGGACAUCAGAACCUACAUCCAUCAUUGUCUUCUAGAGAACUCCACACCUCCGUAUGACUCUCUGGUUACAUAUGCAUAUGAGGGAGAGGGUUCGGUGGCAGAGUCCCUCAGUUCCAUUGAGUCUUGGGUUCUCGAACCCAAGGAGGAUUACAGAAAUCUCUGUGACUGGGGUCCUCGUUUCAAAACGCUGGCUGGGAUAUUUAAAGAGAAUGAGUGUAAGGCCAUGGAGAAGGUGGAAAAUGAAGCACAUGCUGAGGCACUAAAGGACAGACUGGACUGAGAGCAUUUUAAGGCGCUCUGUGACAAACACAACAUUUAUUUAUUUCAGGCAUGGCACUUAAAGGGAUUGUCCACCCUAAAAUGAAAAUUGUCAUCGUUUACUUAUUCUCAUGUCGUUCCAAACCUGUAUGACUUACUUUCUUCUGUGUAAAGUUGCAGUCACAUUCGGGGGAAAAAAAUCGGCUUAAUUUCACAACAGCGAGAAUUUGUCAGUAGUGUAGCAAUGUAUGAAGUACAGUCCACACAGAAGUCACUUU